GAAACCGUUAAAUGGAAGUCUCAUAUUUGAUGGCAGGUGGCUUGACACCACAUACGCUUCACAUCACAUGCACGUUUUCAACAAAUUAGUAUCUUUUACUUUAUAGACAAAGGUAAAUCGUUGGAAACAGUCUGGUCGUGGAGGUGUCGCCUCACCUGUGCUCGGCACUGACGAGAAAACAUGCCUGAAAUAAGCAUAACGCCACUUGGUGCUGGACAGGAUGUCGGCCGCAGCUGCAUUCUCGUCUCAAUUGGAGGAAAAAACAUCAUGUUGGACUGUGGGAUGCACAUGGGAUAUAAUGAUGAUAGACGUUUCCCAGAUUUUUCCUACAUAACCCAGAAUGGACGCCUGACAGAGUUUUUGGACUGUGUGAUCAUCAGCCAUUUCCACCUGGAUCACUGUGGUGCGCUGCCCUACAUGAGUGAGAUGGUUGGCUAUGACGGCCCCAUCUACAUGACCCAUCCCACCAAGGCCAUCUGUCCCAUUUUACUGGAAGACUUCCGCAAGAUUACUGUUGACAAAAAGGGAGAGACCAACUUUUUCACCUCACAGAUGAUCAAGGACUGCAUGAAGAAAGUGGUUCCUUUGAAUCUUCACCAAACGGUCCAGGUCGAUGAUGAGCUGGAGAUCAAGGCGUACUAUGCAGGCCAUGUCCUCGGAGCUGCCAUGGUGCUCAUCAAAGUGGGGUCAGAGUCUGUGGUCUACACUGGAGAUUACAACAUGACACCUGACAGGCAUUUAGGUGCUGCAUGGAUUGAUAAGUGCCGUCCAGACAUCCUCAUCUCAGAGUCGACGUACGCCACCACCAUCCGUGACUCAAAGAGAUGCCGAGAGAGAGACUUUUUGAAGAAAGUGCAUGAAAGCAUAGAAAGAGGAGGAAAAGUUCUCAUUCCUGUUUUUGCACUUGGACGAGCACAAGAACUCUGUAUCCUGCUGGAAACAUUUUGGGAGAGAAUGAACUUAAAGGCCCCAAUCUACUUCUCCACUGGGCUGACAGAGAAAGCUAAUCAUUACUACAAGCUUUUCAUAACAUGGACCAACCAAAAGAUUCGGAAAACCUUUGUACAGAGAAACAUGUUUGAAUUUAAGCACAUCAAACCUUUCGAUCGAUCCUAUGCCGAUAAUCCUGGACCUAUGGUGGUGUUUGCCACACCAGGUAUGCUGCAUGCUGGUCAGUCUCUGCAAAUCUUUAAGAAAUGGGCUGGCAAUGAGAAGAACAUGGUGAUUAUGCCUGGUUACUGUGUACAAGGAACAAUUGGUCAUAAGAUCUUAAAUGGGCAGAGGAAACUGGAGAUGGAAGGGAGAUCGACGUUGGACGUGAAGCUGCAGGUGGAGUACAUGUCCUUCAGUGCCCAUGCAGAUGCUAAAGGCAUUAUGCAGCUCAUUCGUAUGGCAGAGCCUCGCAACAUGCUGCUGGUACACGGGGAGGCUGUCAAAAUGGAGUUCCUCAAGGGAAAGAUCGAACAGGAGUUCAGUAUAGACUGUUACAUGCCAGCGAAUGGCGAGACGGCAACUGUGACGACAAACCCCAGUGUUCCGGUGGAUAUCUCGCUCAACCUGCUCAAGAGGGAGAUGGCUCUCGGGGGUCCUCUGCCUGAUCCCAAAAAACCUCGCACCAUGCAUGGAACACUGAUCAUGAAAGAAAACAGCCUGAAGCUGGUGUCCUCGGAGCAGGCUCUGAAGGACCUGGGCCUCAACGAACACCAGCUGCGCUUCACCUGCCGCGUGCAGCUCCAAGACCCGCACACUGAUACCGACACACUCCAAAGGAUCUAUGUACACCUGAAAAGCGUAUUAAAAGGUUACACUAUCCAGCACCUCCCCGACGGCACCGUCAUGGUGGAGUCUAUCGUCAUCAAAGUGUCGUCCUCCACUGAGGACCCCAACACCAAGGUCCUGCUGCUUUCUUGGAGCUAUCAGGAUGAAGACUUGGGCAGUUUCCUUUCAACUCUGCUGAAAAAGGGGCUUCCAUCUGGACUGUGCUAAAACAUUUUUUUUUUCUUUGUCCCAAAACCGUGAACACAUGA